ACAAUAGAAGGACCAAAAAGCAAAAUAAUAAUCAUGAUCUACUUCACCAUGUCCCUCUUCCUACUUCUCUCAACUUCUUUAUGGGCUUUUUUUCUUCUCUAUCUUUGCAUAUUCAAAUUCUACUGCUUCUCUAGAAAGCGCUUUUACUAUUCUCCAUCUUCAUAUCCUUUCGUAGGUUGCUUGAUUUCCUUUUACAAAAACCGGCGUAGGCUUCUGGCUUGGUACACCGAUCUGCUGUCGGACUCACCGACUCGGACCAUCGUGUUGCAUCGGCUCGGUUCGAGGCGGACCAUUUUGACGGCUAACCCAGCCAAUGUAGAACACAUGUUGAAGACUAAUUUUCUUAAUUAUCCUAAAGGGAAGCCGUUUACUGAUAUACUCGGUGAUCUACUUGGGUGUGGCAUUUUUAACGUCGACGGGGAUUUAUGGUCCACACAAAGGAAGCUUGCAAGUCAUGCUUUUUCCGCUAAGUCGUUAAGGGAAUUCGUGGUUAAAACGCUUGAAGAUGAAGUUCAUUUCCGUUUGAUUCCUUUGCUCCAUAACGCUGCGAGAACUAACGCUGUUGUUGAUUUGCAAGAUGUUUUAGGAAGACUCGCUUUUGACACGGUUUGUAAGGUAACGUUAGGAACAGACGAGCAAUGUUUGGACAUGUCACGCCCAAUCCCAGAAAUUGUAAAUGCAUUCGACGUGGCAACGGCGAUCAGCGCAAGGCGGGCAGUGGCGCCACUCUACCUCACGUGGAAGGCCAAGCGCAUGCUCAACCUCGGCUCUGAAAAGAAGCUAAAAGAAGUGGUUCAAACGGUUCACGAAUGGAUCUCCAAUAUCAUUCACAGCAAACUCCUCAAUAACAACAACAAUAAUACAGUUCAUAACCAUAACCAAACACACAACAACGAUCUUUUAUCUCGUCUCUUAUCGGCCGGCCUCGACGAGGAAGUCGUCAGAGACAUGAUCGUAAGCUUCAUAAUGGCUGGCCGCGACACCACCUCAGCUGCCAUGACAUGGCUCUUUUGGUUGCUCACAAACCACCGGAACAUCGAACAAACCAUAAUCAACGAAGCCACUUCAUUGUCGGACGAUUCGAAAACCACAUCGUUAGGUUAUGGUUACGAAGAAUUGAAAGAUAUGAAGUAUUUGAAAGCGUGUUUAUGCGAGUCAAUGAGACUAUACCCACCAGUAGCUUGGGAUUCAAAGCAUGCAGCAGCCGCGGACAUUCUCCCGGACGGAACCCAAGUGAGAAAAGGGGAUAGAGUGACGUAUUUUCCUUACGGAAUGGGGCGGAUGGAGGAGCUAUGGGGAAAAGACCGACUAGAGUUCAAACCGGAGAGGUGGUUCCAAAACGGGGAGUUGAAAACGGUGAGUCCGUUCAAGUUUCCGGUGUUUCAAGCGGGUCCAAGGAUGUGUUUGGGAAUGGAAAUGGCGUUCAUUCAGAUGAAAUACGUAAUGGCCACGGUUUUGAAACGGUUUGAAUUUAGACCGGUGAGUGAAAAUAAUGUGCCGGUCUUUGUCCCGUUGCUGACAGCGCAUAUGGCGGGUGGACUUCAGGUCUUUGUCAGGGAAAGGACGGAACAAUAGCGAACCAUAUGGGUGACUUCAGUUGGUAGUAAUUGAUUGGUGGAUGGCGCGCCGCAAAGGGCAACAUUUCAAGUAAUACUAUAGAAUUAAUAUUAUAUGUAUAAAUAGGAACUUAGUUAAAUGUUACAUAUUGUUCCAAAUUCCAAUCCUAAGUGUCGGUUGGUUUUGUGUUUUUCUUUCGCCUAUUCAACGGCGAAAUGUAAUUUCCCCGGUGGCCAUUUUGACUGCUUAUUGUUUGGUCAAUAAAAACGUGACGCUUUUUUUUCCUC